AAAAGAACGUGCGAUUCGCCUUAGUGUCCUAGUGUCUUUUGCACUUAUCAUCUCCGUACCGGAACGUUUAUCGUUUUAAAAUCAUGAAGGUAUUGCUUCUCGCUGUCGCUGUUUUGGCAACUUUGGCCAAUGCUGCUAAAGUUGACUACACAGGACACAAGGUGAUCCGUGUCGUCCCGCAAACCGAAGAGCAACUUCGCUUUCUGUUGAAGUUGCAAGAACAAGCGUACGAUUUCUGGAGCUCACCGACCGGUUUGGGUUCACCAGUUGAUAUUCGUGUCAGCCCACAACGCUACCAAUAUCUCGCAAACACUUUGAACAAAGUUGGACUCACUCACAAGAUUCGAUUUUUCGACAUCGGAAAAUUGAUCGAAGAGGAGGAACGUAACAUCAUUCUUCGUCGCGCUUUGCAUUCUGGCCGUGUAUUUGACUUUGAAAACUAUCACACCUACACAGAGAUCGAAGCCUUUGUGAAUGAAUUGGCUGCAACAAAUACGUUGGUCUCAUCCUCGGUUAUUGGCACCACCUACGAAGGUCGUGGAAUCAUUAUGGCUACGAUCAGCACUGGAAGUAGCGCCACUAAGCCAGUCAUGUACUUCGAAUGCGCCAUGCACGCCCGAGAAUGGGUUGCUCCCGCUACUUGCCUCUACGUUAUGAACGAGAUGGCCACCAAAUACGGUUCUGAUGCUGAGAUUACCGCAAUGUUGGACUAUGCCGACUGGCUUAUCACACCUGUCUCAAACCCCGAUGGUUAUGACUACACCUGGACCACGGAUCGUCUGUGGCGUAAAAACCGCGUACCGAACGGAGGACUCUGCUACGGAACUGACCCUAACCGCAACUUCGAUGCUGGAUUCGGAGGACCCGGAGCGUCCAGCAAUGCCUGCUCAGACACUUACCACGGGCCAUUCGCUUUCUCGACCCAAGAGGCCUCUGCCAUGCGCGACGUCAUCCUCGCUAACAACGGACGUGUCGUUGCUUCCGUUUCCAUCCACUCUUACAGCCAGUUGUGGAUGUCUCCCUACGGCUACCAGAGCACCCUGCCCGCCGAUUACGCCGAAAUGUACCGCGUGAUGACCAUCUCCGUGAACGCACUUACCGCCACUUACGGUACUCAAUUCCAGUACGGCAACAUCGCUGAUACCAUUUAUCCGGCGUCCGGCGGUUCCGUUGACUGGACCUACGACGCUGCGAACGUCUUGUACUCGUACGCCCUUGAAUUGCGUGACACUGGCCUCUACGGUUUUGAGCUGCCACCUAGGUUGAUUCUGCCCACCGCAACUGAGACCUUCAACGGACUGAAAGCCAUGGCGCAAGAGAUCGCUGCCAAAUUGCCUUAGACAUAACAAGAUUGUAAUUGACUUUGGCGUCCAAUAUACACGUUUUAUCCUGAAAA